CGGCGAAGGUUCAACGCGGUUCAGCUCCGGAGCUCUGCCACAGCGAUGCUCUUCUCGCGUCCGAUACUUAUAAAACGUUCAGGGGGGUCCCGAGCCGCUGCGGAUAAGAUAAGAGACGUUCGGAAAGGAGAAGAGAAAUCAGCUGCCGAUGAAAAGCUGAGCACUCCGAAGGCCAGGUUUGGGCGUCUGAAGAAGAAAUUCCGUCCCCGUACGCCGAGCCCACCCAGAUAUAAGUCAACCAGGGUCGCCCAGGGAGCAAAGUCGAUUAAGCCACGCAAGCUUUUUGAUGAAAGCUCCGGGGAGGAGAGUGGAUCUGCGAACGAUGGCGAGGGCAAGUCACCUGGAAAACCCCGGGCCGAAACCGUGGGACAUCGCGAACGAGAACCAGGUCAGACGCCGCCGACGCCGAUAUCGAGAACGGGGCCGAGCGGUUUGGGAACCCAAGCAACACCGGCGACGGGGACGAAGAAGAAAGCGGGCGAGCCAGGGGAUCUGGCGAGGACGGGCGUGACGUUCCGAGAUAUCUUACUCAAUCGGCUGAUCGGACCCUUCAGGAACAAUCCUUGA